AUGGCGGUCGACGAAUUUAGCGUGGGUCCCGCGGAGUCUGCCGCAUUAUCGUGUGACUUUGAGCUGGAUGUGUGCAGUUGGGAGUUCGGCAGCUGGCAGAGAGUUUCUGGAAGAGAUGCCGCCGGCCAGCCUCUGGCCAAUGAUGGAGAUUGGCAUCUGGAAGCAGGCGGCACAUCCCAACCUGCCAUAUUCGUUCUCGAGAGCCCGGUAAUUCUGACCUCCAAUGCGGUUGCCUUCACCCUGGCAUACCGAAUCAUUGGAUCGGAGGGCGCAAAGCUGGAACUGCAGCACAAGACUGAAAACAGCACAUGGAUCAGGCUGUUUGUACAGGCGGGCCACCAAGGGCAUAGAUGGCAGCAUGCAGCUAUCAACAUCCCACAGGGGUCGACUGCGCUGCGAAUCACGGCUACAACCGCCAUGGCCGAGGAUAGUGUCUUCGUAGACUCAUUGUAUGCCCUGGACAUGGUACCUGAGGUGGAGAACCUCAGCUGCAGAUUUACCGGUGCCGAUUUGUGUGGGUGGACAACAGGCACCUGGCGCCGGGACAGCAACGAUUAUGUGUUCUACAUUCACCAUCAAGAUGUUGGGCAGGCCAAGCUGACAAGCCGGCCCUUCCUCGUGCAGGGGCCAAGUUAUGUAGAGUUCUGGUAUGGCACGAGUGGGCAUCCAGGAACUUUGACCUUGGAGUUCCUGAUGCGUGGCCGCUGGUGGAGGCUGUGGUCACAGACCGGCCCACACGGCGACCAGUGGAAUGAAGCAAAGCUGUCCGUUCCGGAACAAGCGCGGCAAUUUCGUUUCCGAACUUCUGAGUGGCCGACAAGCACCAAUUCCGCUAGCGCAUUUUAUCUCUGGAGUAUCACGCUCAGCAAAACCCCUGCAAGUAGAAGCUACCUUACUCUGGCAGUUGGAGGAAACCACAACUGUGCGGUGCUGUCCUCCACAGGCCAGGUCAAAUGUUGGGGCUUUUCUUCGUACUUGGGCCUUGGUCUUUCAACAUCUGCCGGGGUGGGGGACGAUCCAGAUGAAAUGGGAGUUAACCUGCCGAUCGUGGACCUAGGCGAGAGAGUUGAGCAGGUGACUUGCGACAACUUUGAUUGUUGUGCGGUUCUUGCUGAUGGAGCUUUGAAAUGCUGGGGAUCUGAGAGCGCCUUGCCUUCUCUUGUGGACUUGGGCACCGGGGUGAAAGUGAGGCAAGUGUCCAACGGCUACCAGCACAGGUGUGCUCUACUGCAGGACGGAGCUGUGAAAUGCUGGGGAUGGAAUGACAACGGCCAGUUAGGCCUAGGUGAUUCGCAGACUCGAGGCCGGGGCGGGGAUUCCGACAUGGGAGACAACCUCCCUGCGAUCGACUUGGGCGCAGACUUUACUGUCAGCCAGCUUACCGCCGGGAUAUUUCACACGUGCGCUCUGUCUAGUGAUGGUGAAGUCAAGUGCUGGGGUGGCAAUCAGUAUAGCCAGCUGGGAGGAAGUGCAGGCAACAUUGGGGACCAGCCUGGAACCAUGGGCACCUCCCUUGCACCCAUGGAGCUAGGAAGCAAAGCUACAUACAUAGCAGCUGCAGGAGGACACUCCUGUGCAGUUCUAGAGAGUGGCGCUGCAGUGUGUUGGGGUGCCAACUGGAAUGGACAGCUUGGUCUCGGCAGCACUCAGGCCUUCGGUCAGAACAGCAGCGAGAUGGGGGCCAACAUGCCGCAUGUUCCACUUGGCACCGGCAUGUUUGCUAAAAGUGUAAGUGUGAGCCCCUACCACUCCUGUGCCAUUCUGCAAGAUGCCUCGCUCAAAUGCUGGGGGAGCGGCGCAUAUGGUACCCUGGGUCAAGGUUCCACAGAUGAUUUGGGAGACGAACCGAACGAGAUGGGCGACAAUUUGCGUCCCAUCAACAUCGGCAGUCUUAGAGUGUUGCAGGUAGGUGUUGGUGGCUGGCACACAUGUGCUCUAUUCGACGAUGAUAGCACUAGGUGCUGGGGACGGUCUGCGCCGCGUGGCACACUUGGCACUGGCAGCGGCGACAAUGUUGGUGAUGGUGCGAAUGAAAUGGGCAGCAAUCUGGUGGCUGCAGAUUUGUUCAGGCCGACCCUUCGAGAACAGGUGGAUGGUUUUCGUCUCAGGGGAGGAGAUGAGCGCCAGGGUUGGUUGGAGCUGUCGCAGAAUGGGACAUGGGGCGUAAUUUGUGAUGAUGCCUGGUUCCAAAGCACAGCAGCUGCUGAAGCGGCCUGCAGGGACUUAGGCAUGGCAGGGGGGACGCCCCUUUCAUUUGAUGCUGGAAGUGCACCCAUCCUUGCCGAUGGAAUGAAGUGCAGUGAGGGCGAGGUGACUCUGCGCGACUGCACAUUCAGAGGUGUGCAGUGCGAGCUGGAUACAUGGAGCAGCUUCACUGCCCCAGGUCCUUCAGGUCGCCAGGAUCAUACAAUGGCAUGGGACUCCGUGUCUCAGUCGGCUUUGCUGCUGGGGGGGCAUGCAAGCAGCCAGUUCUUGCACUUCAGCGACUUGUGGCAAUACCGCUGGCCGCUUCGUCGCUGGACUCAGUUGCACCCACAGGGCUCAGCACCAACCACCCGGUCCGGCCAUUCAGCCGUGUUCGAUGCACACUCCAAAUCCAUGCUGGUGUUUGCCGGGGGCCACUUGGGAAACUUCUACAACGAGCUGUGGCAGUUCUUGAUGAGCUCGACUGCCUGGCAGCAGCUCGCAUCCGUGCUGCCGCCAGCACCGCGGGCCAAGCAUUCAGCAGUUUGGGAUGCGAAGCGCCAGGGCAUGGUGGUUUUUGGUGGCCACAAUCCCCUGGCUUUGGGCGACCUUAGCCAUUAUGACAUGCGUCGCAACACAUGGUCCUCGUUGGCCGCAGGUCCUGUGGCACGUAGUGGCCAUGCUGCUGUUUGGGAGCCAGUCACAGCAUCCUUGCUGGUCUGUGGUGGAUGGACUGGUACGGAGUACCUCCAAGAUCUCCAGCUUUACAACUGGUGGUCCAACACUUGGAAGGAGCUUGAACCCGUAGGAAGUCCCUGGCCCAGGGCCGGGCAUGCUGCCGUUUGGGAUGAGGCGUCCAUGUCAAUGCUCGUCUUUGGUGGGGUGGAAGAUUCAAACGGUACAUUGAACUAUGACCCCGUGCUUCAUUUCUACAACUUCCUGGCGAACAGUUGGACCGAGGCGAACAGAUCUGGUCCCACUGGCCGUACAGAUCCGAGCGUUGUCUGGGACAGCAGCACCCAGGCUCUUCUGGCUUUCGGCGGCUUCAACAGCUCCUAUUUGGAUGACCUCUGGCGAUAUGUCACGUCACCUCUUGAGCUGCCACU